UUCGUGAAGACCCUGACGGGUAAGACCAUUACCCUUGAGGUCGAGUCCUCCGACACGAUCGACAAUGUCAAGUCCAAGAUCCAGGACAAGGAGGGCAUUCCCCCCGACCAGCAGCGCUUGAUCUUCGCUGGCAAGCAGCUUGAGGACGGCCGCACCCUCUCCGACUACAACAUCCAGAAGGAGUCCACCCUCCACUUGGUCCUCCGCCUCCGCGGUGGUAUCAUUGAGCCCUCCCUGAAGGCUCUUGCCUCCAAGUUCAACUGCGACAAGAUGAUCUGCCGCAAGUGCUACGCCCGUCUUCCCCCCCGUGCGACCAAUUGCCGUAAGCGCAAGUGCGGUCACACCAACCAGCUCCGCCCCAAGAAGAAGCUCAAAUAGACGAUUCAUUACGGUUGCGGCGUCACGGGUUCUGGCAUUCUGGAGAGGAUGGCAGGGAUACGAAUUUUCCUGGGCUUUGUGGUAGCAUUACUUUCCAUCGGCAAGCAGGUCGUCGAAUAAAAACUGAAUUGGUCGCCCUCCUACCUCAAAUGUCAAAAGGAAACACAACCCGGACUACCCCGUUAUGCCUGUCGUACAUCAACAAAAUGAUGGUUGGAGGCUGAGAGAAAAAUCGUUUGGCGAGAGAGCGCGCCUAGGCGUCCUGAGUGCAGCAUGGAGAUGCUAAUGAGCAUGAGAGACGUACUAUGAUGGAUGCGGGAUGGCGACUGACCUGCCUCACAAUGCUCCAUUGACUACAGUGGAAAAUCAACACAGUAGCGAAAUACAGAGCCUCAGAACCACAUGCCGUUCAAUUUGGUGAUGCACGUCAUGCAUGUGAACUUGAUGAUUGUGAUCUUAUCAGAUAGUGUCCAAUGCUUCUAGCGAAAUUCUUUUAAC